AUGGCCGCGCUGGUCUGCUUCGUGGCAUACGAGGGCUACGACGUGUCCGCUAACCCCGUCAUCUCGCUAGACCUCUUCCGCACCCGGUCUCUCCUCGCCGGCUACAUCGGCAAUAUAACCCACGGCCUAAUGCUCUCCUGCGGCCUGUACUACCUACCUUUCUGCUUUGAACCUGUCAAGGGCUACACGUCAAUCAUCUCCGGCGUCGCUCUCUUUGCCAUAAUAUUCACCGUAGUCCCCAACGCCAUGACGCUAGGCGUGGCGCUGGGCGGUACCAUAUUUUCCAACCGCGUGCGUGCCCACACGUUAUUCGACUCGGUUCUCGAGGCCAUUCGCACGCAUCCCACCACGAUGACGAAAAUCCACCUGGACCCAGUCGCGCUCGUGAGUCUGAUCAAUCAGAUCGCCGACCCCGAGACAAGACGGCAGGUACGCACAGUGUUUGUGGAUAGUCUGCGCAUGGUGUGGGCCUUUUGCUGCGCGAUGAGCGGCGUCGCCGGGUUGCUGAGCCCGGUAUGCGGCAUUACGAGCUGGCGCGGCGGGUGGGCCCUCCUCGUCCAUUUUGUCCGGAUCAGACGUCUCUGGAGCUGCAUGGUUGUACUGAGUCGAGGCAGGAUCUGGUGGCGAUGCACCCCUUACACAGCCAAAGCGAGUCACUGUUCGCUGCGGUCGAUUCCGGGGUCGGAUCGUGGCUUGCUGUGA